AUGGCUGACCGGGCUACUGAGAUUGAGGCUUACAAGGCGGCUGCAAGCGACUAUCGCUCGCGGGUUGACAAAGCCGCUACCAAGGAUGAAGCAUUCAGUCUCGCAAUUAGCGUGGCCGAGAACCUCAUGGAAGCGAUCCAACUAUCGUCAAACCCAGACGAAAGGAAGGAGCUCAAGGCGCAAUGCAGCGACAUGUUGACUCGCGCCGAUCGCAUCAAGGCCGAUGAAACAUGGACACCUCUAGUCAAACCCCAGUCCUCCAGCUCCAGAGAUGAGCGAGUAGGUCAAUGGGCCAAAGAGGUCGCCGGGACUGCAACUCCAGGUACAACCUUUGGAGACUCGACCACGCGUUCAAACACGUCCCGUUGGGCUCUUUCUUCGACAACAGGACCUAUCGACGGUCCAGCUGCUUCAGGUAAAUCAUCAGCUUCUUCAUUCUCAGCAUUCGUUCAUCAGUCAGAUCUCUCUUCAGCCGUUCCUUCUUUCCAGCAAGAUGCGCGCCGAGAUCUAAUGCCGCUUAUUGAUCUUUCGGAUGACGCCUUUCCAAUCGAUGUACCAAGUGCAGUCACUGAUGCGUCACACGAAGAUAGCUCAAACGCCAACAUUCACCGUGACAACCAUCCGAAGAACGGACACGAAUCCGUGUUGAAUUCAUCUGCAGUGCCACAGCCCUCUAGCGCAGAGUCCCAGCCUGGAGUACCCGAGUCGCAAACAGCAGCUCUAACGCCCUCAACCGCACCUCAUUCUCAGAUACACAGGCUACGAGAGCCGAUUUCGAGCAGGAAACUACCCACAAAAGAAAGCAUCAUUUUGUUGAAGGCUUCGACAGUCAAUGGCUUCAAGUUUCCACCUUGGGACAAGACUCCAUCUGCGGAUGAAUUCGUGUCGGAAGGCGAGGCUGCCUACACGGAUACACGAGACCUGAGUCUGUCUUCAUACCAACAGCAGUUCUUUCUCGGGUGGCUGCGUGCCAAAGAAGCUGUGCCGCCACCCUCGCAGUUCCCUAACGGUAGGGCUGGUAUCGGGCCCUUGAUGUCUAGCACGAGGCCUCUCGAUCUUGUACAGGAUGCAGCUUCAGAUUGCUCGGUGGUCACAAGCUUAUGCGCUGGUAUUGCUCGCUCAGAACGCGGUCACGAUCAGAUGCUCACGAACAAGAUAUAUCCAUAUGACAAGCACCUUGGAAAGCCGUUGAACUCGUCUAAUGGCAAGUACAUCGUACGACUCAACUUCAACGGCUGUUGGAGAAAGGUGGUUAUCGACGAUCGACUACCUGUCUCAAAGACACAUCGUCUGCUUCAUGUUUUCGACCGCCGUAAUCCAGCCCUCUUAUGGCCAGCACUACUUGAGAAAGCAUACCUGAAAGUUCGCGGCGGUUACGAUUUCCCUGGAAGCAACUCGUGCAGUGAUCUCUGGACCUUGACGGGCUGGAUACCAGAACAGGUCUUCUUGCAAGAGGCCGAUACGGUUCCAGAUCAGAUAUGGAAGCGCAUACACAACGCCUUCCUGUACGGCGAUGUUCUGGUCACAGCAGGUACUGGCAAGAUGUCGACCAGGCAGGAGCGUGAACUUGGUCUCGAGGGCCAACACAGUUACGUCGUGCUGGAUAUGAGGGAGACAGAGCAUGAUCGACUGUUGCUCGUCAAGAAUCCAUGGGUCGAAGGCAAAGGCUGGCGCGGCCCUCGCCCUUCGGCUGUGACGACCAUGGAUCCGCCUGCUUCUACCUCCAGUCGUAGUUCUAACUACAGCCUUGAGAGUUAUCACAGGGAUAGCGUCCCCACUCAGGAUCGGCCGCAUCCAACGACAUUCUGGAUUGGAUUAGAGCAGGUCAUACAACACUUCGAGAGCCUGUAUCUCAAUUGGAACCCUGGUCUUUUCCGCUAUCGACAAGACAUUCAUUUUGAGUGGAACAUAGAAUCAUCGUCGCCAGGCGGUUGCAUUGUCAAACAUCCACAAUUCGCCUUUACGUCCAAAGGUGCCGGACCUGUAUGGUUCCUCCUUAGUCGCCAUUUCCGAGACGUACCAGCAGUCACCAAAGAGGAGUCAGAUGCGUUCAACGACGGAAGCAUUCGUCCCGACACUCAGGUCAACACCCACGGGGAUGCACCGAAGGGAUACAUGAGCAUAUACAUUUGCAACGGCCAGGGAGAACGCCUAUACAUGAAGGACACAUACCUGGAAUCGAGCGACUACGUUACUACACCGCAGUGUCUCCUUCGCAGUGACGCGGAUGCCAACUCGACAUACACAGUGGUGAUUGAUCAAGACGACUUACCUCCAUCACUGUACACUUUCUCCUUGUCUGCGUUUGCGAACUUUUCGAUUACACUGGAACAGGCGGCGCAGCGGUACCCGUCGCAGAAGACUGAGGAAGGUGCAUGGACAAGGCAGACGGCCGGUGGUGGUACAGACUCAUCGAAAUAUUUCGACAAUCCUCAGUAUUCGCUCACUGUCCGUGAGCGUAGCUCGCUGGCCAUCUUACUCACCAGCACGAACCAUGAACAUCCCCUACACGUCAAACUUGCUCUAGGAUACGGAAAGAGGUUAUAUCGCUUGCAGAGUCGCGAUGUGCUAGCAGACUCGGGUGACCAUCGCAGUGGAUGUGUCCUCGCAGAGAUCAAAGACCUUCAACCAGGCUCCUACACAAUCAUUUGCUCCUUGUUUGAAGCUGGUCUGACUGGUGACUACCAACUCCGAGUUGACAGCACAAGCGAGGUGGUGUUGAAGCAAGUGCCGCGCGACGGGGCGGGAUUGCUCUCGAUGAAGCUCGCUCCGGCGUGCUUUGGUGCCAGCAUACAUAAGGUUGCUGCCCCAUUGUGGCCUAGGCGCUUAGCUUCGUAUACCAUCAUCGCCAGAUUCUCGAAAGCAACGAGCCCUCGCGCCGUCGAUUUGGGCAAGCUAGCGCGCAGUCCGUUCCGAUUGAGUGUCGAGAUGGGUCGAGGCCCGGAGCGCAAGUUCAUCAUCGCAAGUGAGCAAGGAGAGUACUCUGACACUGCUACGGUUCGGUCCGAGAGCGUCAACAUCGAUCCGAAGCUCGGGAUGCAAGGCGAACUAUGGCUCGUUCUUGAUAGGCUGUCAGGCUCUGGGGGACCGGUAGAGGAAUGGUACGAUGUGGAAAUCUACACCGACACGCCCAAGGCCUGCGAGAUUGGCGUAUGGCGGGAAUGGGAUGAUUGA